AUGUGCACCAAACGCCGCCUCCCUCCGAGUGCCACUGCCGUGCUUAAGCAUGCUGGCCUUCCCCGUAAAAUUAGUCUGGGAGCUGUUGCUGAGCAGCUGGACGACGUUGCGCCUGGCAUGGACUGGGAAGACCUUCCCCCUACUCCAGGUCUUCCUCCUACCCCAGCCGACCCGAAGACGCCGCCAUCAGUUUCCACAAUCCUUACACCAGCAUCUCCUUCCCUUGCGUACGCCGGCUCAGCGGGCAGUUUCCAGUCUCCGCUGUCACCGCUGUCUGCUCACGUCGCAUCUCUACGGGAGUGUUGGAGCAAGAAGACCGUUGCCGGUCGUACGCAAGACCCUGUCGCUCUGCCAACGGUAGAUGGCAGUGACUUUGAGCCAGGUGCUUCCGCGCUGGGAGAAGGGCUAAGUCCACAGCAGGAGCUGGAGCGUAUAGGCCGCGUCGGUGCCAUGGUAGCGCUAUUUGACGAUGCCACAAGGUUGUCUGACGGAUCCAGCGUCAGCUUUUGCACAACUCCUUCCCAGUCUCCACUACAGCCCGACCACACACGCGCAAGUACCCCUGCGUCGACAACGGGGGGAACCCCGCAAUCUGGCCGGCGCCUCCAUGUCCAACCGCCGACCACUGCAACCCGAGCCAACAACGCGUCCAGCAUGGCGCCGUCUUCUGGCCCAUACCGGCUGGGACCCAGCAGCAGCAACCGCAACAGCAAGUUUGUGUGCCAACCGACCAACAUCUCUGCCGUCACGAGUCAGCACUCCCCGAGGGGCAAAAAGAUAGUCAACUCAUCCGCCUUGGCCCGCGCCGCCGCUGCAGCUUCCGGUGCUGCGGCCCCGUUUGGCAAAAUGCGGGGCCAGCUUCGCCGCCCUGUCUGCCGCUACAGCAUUGACUCGGUUUGCAGCGAUAUUAUUCCAAGCACCCGCCCAAUCAGCACUUCGCAACUCCUGAGGGAGCAGCCUGAUACAUCGCCGCCCCGCCGGUCUGAGCAACGCUCUCUCUUCAAGCAAUUGCCGCGGACGCCAAUAACACCGCCCGUCCUGUACAGCCCGGCCGACACACUGCCGCUUCUACGCAGCCCCUGUCUUCCCUCGCCUGGCGCCUUGUUCAGCCCGUUAAAGCCACUGCCUCAACCGCUGCCACUCUGUGGAAUGGAUGACGUAAUGCCCAUGGCAUCCCCGAUUCCGUCGGCUAUCGACCGCUCACGCGCCAGCCUCGCCCCGGCCGACUCAGGGGUGGCGGUUCUCGGAGCCAGGGAGCGGCGGCGGCGGCUGCGGUUGGAGGAGAGCUUUCUGUCCCCUAUGGCUGAGUCUUCGCAGCUUUUGAGCGCGGGAGCGAUGCAUGCGGGCGAAAUACCCACCCGACGCCGCGCUCUGACGGCCGUUAAGUCGCAGCGUGGCAUGGGCGGCGAUGCUAGCGGCGCCAGUGACGCCGAGGACGAGUUCGGCCUGCCUGCCUGGGCGUGGCGCAGCGUGGCAGUGCUGAUGUCCCAGAACACGGAGGCAAAUGGCCAGCACGAACAACUGCCGCAGCCUGCAUCGGAGGCAGGGAGGCAGUCCCAGCUGCAGGGCUACGCGCAGGAUGACCCCUCCCUAGUGCCGCUGCGCCGCUUGUCAGGGACGCCCCAUCGCUGGCGCGGCCAAAGUGCAGCUACACCAGCUGCGCAGCUCCUUCCAGCUGCCGCCGGCAUGCGCCUUGCCGCUGCGACCGCCGUGCCCGGGGAGCCUUCCAAUUGCCUACGCUAUCAGUGCAGGCCCACCUCGCCUGGCGAGGACGUGGAUGUAGAUGAAGGUCAUACCGCGGUGUUGCUGUCCCUCCAUGCAGCACGUGGCCGAUACAGCCCCAAAAGUACCAUGACUUUCACUCCGGUAGCCAGUGAUUACGCAGUUGGUGCUGCGGCAUCGUCAGCCCAUUCGUCGGACAGCGAUGAGCCCUCAGCGCCUCUACCGGUGCACGACGGUGCGGGCGGCUGGGAGCAGGACGCCGGAAUCCUUACGUCGCCUGGGGCGCGCUUAUUACCCUUCAGUGGCACGCACAUCGACGCCCUCGUGUUUGAGAGCCUGGGCAUAUCUUGCACGGAACAUGGGUUGGCGGAACUGAAAAUGAGGGAAUCAGAUGAGGGCGGUCACGCGGUCGCAUUGGCCGCCCCGACACCUGCCACAGCGCAAUACCAGCUGGCUGACAACAUUGUAGCGCCACUCGUAGUCGAGGUGCCUGCCGGCCCAACGAAGGAUUCAUGCUCCGACUCAGCAUCCAAAAGUAGCUUCGAACUCCAUUGUCACCCUGGUCAGGACGCCGUAGCAUCACCACGCCUGACUGCGGCGGGCGUUGUAAUCAAGGAUACCGGCGAGGCAGCGUGCCUGCUGGGAAGCAUUGCCAUGAAGGAUGUGUGGCGCAACGAAGACACAAGCGCCCCAAAGAUCGUUGAGCUGCCCCAUGUUAUCGCUGCGCUGGCGGCGGCCAAAUCCGUCUUCAACAGUCCCAGAGCCAGCCGUGCCUUGUGCAACCCCCAAACAUCGGUCGCUGCCAUAGCGGACAAAGCUGCCUUGGGCCACACUUUGGGCGCGGCGGUGUGCGCAGCAGGUGCCAUGGCGGUGGCGGCGACAGCGAAAACCCUUGCGCGCACGCCCCUGUUUGCAGUGGCCGGUGUAGCGGCGGCGGUUCUACUUGCUUCAAAGGCCCUCUUGCGCAGAGGACGCCGCCGGAAGGGCAGGCGAUCUCUUGUUGCGGCGCAGCUUUCCGUAGGCGGACUGGGCAACUGUGGCUUGGGCGCAAGCAUCGCCGUGGGUGCGUUGCCGCAGACCCUGCGACUGAGCUCAUCCGCCAGUGCCACUGCUAGCUUGGAGGUCCAGUCAAUGGGGCAAUGUCCGGACUCGCCCGGCAGAAGCGGCGACCUCGUACUCCGUAUUAGCAGGGAUGGAAAGGAUGCUGCUGACGGAAAGCGUGGUAGCCGCUCUGUAGCGAACAGUCAUGUGGCCAGCCCGGCGGAUGUUACAGUGGGGUUGCCUUCGCCGGAUGCUAGCUCCCUCUUGGCGGCUGCGCGCCCAAGGACUGAGGAGAACAGGAGAGCCCUGCUUAGGAUCGCUGCGGAAGCGGUUGACACAUGCUCGAUAGCCCUUUCUGCCAUGCGUGUGGCUGGCUCGGACCGUGCUGCAAUGCGCCGCCUUGCAAAGGCAUGUGGCGUGUAUGCUGGCAUGCAGAUGGCUGCGACGGGAAAUGGGCAACCUGAGGUCGUCGACCCAACGUCCGCAGACUGGUCAGCAGUGCAGGAACUCGUCUGCCGGCGCCUUAGUCGGCCGCGGCGGCCUGCUGCACCGUGGCCAGCAACUCCUACCAUUCCCGAGGCGUCUGAAUGUGCAGCAGCAGCGGUGGUCCCUGCAGCGCAAUGCCGUGUGGCGGGACAGCCAGCCCUGGCGCCUUGCUCAACAGCAGCCGUCGAAAUGGGGCCGAGCCCUGUGGCAGGGGCCUCCUGCCUCUCAAUCAGUGAGCAUCAUGCGUCGGUGACUGAGGCGGAUGGCCAGCUGGGUCUCCAUCCGGAGGCUGCGUCAUCAGACUCUGUAAUGGCGCUUUCUGAUUGCUCUGUGCCGCAGCAGUGCCCAGAAGUUAACCCCUUGGGCGUUGUCUUUGGAGUGAAGUCGACCAGUCGCGCUGCCAGGGCCAGCGUUGAGGCAGCCUUAUCGGCACAGGAGAAGCUCCUGAUGCUGAUGUCCAAAGCAUCAGCAGACGCCGGAGCGUCGAGCGUCAAAUUGCCCUCGGCUGUGCGCCAUUGUGGCGCAGGGCUCGCAGCCGCCGCCGCUGAGGCCGCCGCCGUCGCCCUGGUCGCCGUCCGCAAGUCCAUCAGCGGAGAGGGCGCACUUUCUAAGCUUGCAGAUACACACUGCAUUUUGUCUGGAGAUACCUCCCUAUCUGAUUCUGGUUCCAGCUCUGCUACUGCUUCUUCAGCUGACAAGGCAUGCGUGUUCGCGACGGAAAGCAGCUCGGCGCUUGAGGCGCUGGCGCAGCUUUGCCGCACUGGGCACGCUGCGUUCGCGCUCGCCGCGUCGACUUGCUCCUCUAUAUCGGCCCUCGCGGCCGCCGCUGAGACGGCGGCGUUAGAGGCACUGGCGAUUCACCGCGAGGAGGCCCUUGCAAUUUACGCGACGGCGCUGGCUGAGGAGUCUGAAAUAUCUGUGCACGCCUCGAGCGCUGAAGACAUAGCAUACCAGGAGCUAUGGGAAGCGCGCCGUGCUCCCGAGCGUUUGGCCAUUGAGAUGGCAAGCGCCGCAGCGGCACAGCUUGCUGAGGCUGGUGAGGAGGACGCAAUGAAGGUGCUUGGAGCGAGAAGGGAGCAGCAGCUGCAGGAGGUUGCGCAGGUCAUCGCCAGCAAUGUCACACUCGCGGCGCGCGUUGACUCGGCGUGUGCUCGCGCCAUGCCUGCACAUUGGUCGCAGCCGCAGCAGUUGCUAGGCUGCAUCGCGUAUGAGGAGGCGACGGGCGCAGACGUGCCCGUCUGCUGUCCAACUUACGAAGAGGCUGCGAUGACAACAUAUGCCACCGACAGGCAGGAGCUCCUCUCGCGUGUUUCACUGGCAGCGGCCUGCCACGCAGCGGAGGAGGCGGAAGGCAGCGCGGCAGCGGCGGCAGCUGUGCAGGAGCUCCUCCGGGAUCGGGCACUGAAGCUGCACGUGGUUUCUGAGGCGGCGGCCGCCGAUAGCGCCGUGAGGGUCCUGGCGGAAACCCAAGAAGAAGCAGCACUGGCGAGGCUGGUUAGGGCACGCACCGUGCUUGUUGGCGUCUGUUUUGCGGUGGAAGCGAUGGAUGCAGCCACUGCUCUGCGAGCGUGCGUUGCAGAGUCGGCGGCACUCAAAGCUCUCUACCGCCGGCGCCUCCGCUGCAAAGCUGCCUACGCAGGUGUGGCUGCCGCCACUGCCGCUGCUGCCGCUGCGGCCAUUGCUGCGGAAGAGGAGGCACUGGAGCAGUUUGCGUUCUGGCGUCAGCGCAGGCUAGCUGAUGACAAGGAUGCGGUGGUCCCAAGUGUCCAGUUGUCUGCGGGUGCUCCUGAAACGGGGAAUAAGGUACACGAUCAGCCUCAGACCCUGGUAACCCGGAACAUUGUCAACGAGGCAACCAGCGCUGUGGUCGCGAUGCAGGCAGCCUCAAGUGGGGAGGGCACGUGGUGGGCGCUGGCAGAUGAGGGCGUGCAAGCAGGGGGGGUGGAUGCAGCAGUUAGCACGUCAGACCUCGCGGACACCGUUGCGGCUGGACAGGCUUGGUGCAUGCUGGGCUUCCUGCAGCUCCAGAAGCAGCAGCUGUCACUCUACGCAACGGCCCUUGGGACAACCAUGGCGGCGAUUGCAGCAGCCGCGUCGGCCAAGUCUUCCGAGUGUGUCGCGGAGGGAUCCGGAUGCGGCUUGGGUGGAUCAGGUGUUAAUGGUGCCGGGGGAAAGGUUGUCCGCAUGCAGGGUAGUGGUGAGAAUAGGCCAGUGUGCCGGCCAUUCCCGGUACGAUGCUUUCCGCUGCAUUCGCUUGGCGGAGAUGGUGUUGAGGAAGCUGAGGAAGCAGCUGAUGUAGUGUCACGUGUGACCUCCUUUCCGGUGCGGUUUAGCGACGACGAGAGCACCGAUGAAGAGCUGUCAGAAGAGAGCGAUGUUUACAUGUGA